AUGCCCGGCCGACGGACCUCCAACAACGUGCUCGUCCAGUCCAAGAGCCAAAUGUACGCGGCGCACCCUGGUGCUGGCCAGGGCCAUACGCUCUACGCCAAGGUGAGCGCCCAUAUACAGCAGGUCUGGAUCUUUGGCGCCUACGUGCUCGGUAUCAUCGUCGUCGUGCUCGUCUGCAUCGACGCCCUCUUCAACAACUGGGCCAUCAACAACUUUGUGGGCAACGGCUACACGUACUUGACGGCGGUCGCCACGAUCACGAGCUCGAGUCAGCUCGCGAGUCUCUACGCCUUUCCCAAGGGCUGGAGCCUCCGCGACGUCUCCAACAUUGGCGCCUGGAACAUGAACUACACGCUCGCGAACCUCGUAACGCCGAGCAACCCCAACAUCUACCUCCUCGACGCUGGCACGUUCAUCAUGGACGCGAAAUUUGCCACGUUUUGCACCAUCUUCAAGAAGACGUACCCCGUGGACCUUGCGAACGGCAACCCGCAGCUCGGUGUCGUGCAAGAUGCCAUCACGUUUUUGCGCGGCAACGCAUUUACAAUCGCGUUCACCGACGAAAGCACGGCCAACCUCGCGAACGGCUCGAUGGGCCAUCGCCAGCUCGGCGCCUUGGGGUAUACCCCAACGCGGCAACAGACCGAUAUGCGCCUCACCGAGCCGAUCCCGGUCAAGAACGUCUCGACGCCGCAGGUGUUGAACGUGUCCUUUUACCGGUACCAGCCAAAGUGCUUUUGCACCGGGUGCGUGCCGAUCGCUAGCUUUGGCUACGCGUCGUGCGAGCUUACGAUGGUGUACAAUACGACCGCCAAGACGCUCAAGAUCACCAAUACGACGCACGUCGAAGGUGCGACGUGGUCCAACGGGCUCAUGCUCCAGCAGAGCGUCUUUAGCUUGUUCUCCAACUACCUCAAGUGCAUCGCGCUGCUCUUUGCGCUCGGCGGCUACAUUGCGAGCCGACGCACGAUCCAGUGGCAAGACGCCGACGUGCAUUCGAUCCAGUCGGUGCUGCGCGGCCUCGUCAAGACGGUCCUGCCCGAGAAGUACCCGUACGUCUCGAACGCGCUCCGCUUUGACAUGUUUUGCUACAACUCGGACAUCUUUGUGCUGCUGUAUACGGCCGGCGUCAUCUUUGAUAUGGGUCAUGGCAUCAUGUUUAUCCGCGAAGUCAACUGGUUCAACCAACUCAACGCAGACCCGUGGAUGUCGAUCCAGACGUUUGCGCUGAGUACGCGCUUGCUCUGGCUCAACUGCGCGUUUCUCAAGGCGCUCAAGGUGCUCGUGAACCUUGUGUCGAGUGCGAGCUACUGCGGCGAGAGCAAGCUCAUGGGCUUGUGCAACUUCACCAGCGUCACAUCCUUGUAUCUGAGCGCGGUGUUGCUCUUUUACGUACCCGCGUUCAUCGAGUACAACAACAGCACGCGCCAAGACCUCACGAUGGCCGUCCAGAAGCUCGACGGUGUCUUUAUCAACUUUUACAGCAGCUUUUACAUCCGUGUCAGCGGCGCGAUCGCUGGCGGUUUGAUUCUCAACAUUCUCUUGGUCGUCGGCCUCGACCAGCUUCUCAACCGGUCGUUUUGGAAAUUGAUGGCGACCAACUCGCUCGCACGCCAAGCCAUGUACAACUCGACGUCGAUCCUCAUGGACUAUAUCACUGACAUUGAUCCGCCGAUGCUACAGCGGUCGAUGGCCAUCAUGCGCUGCAAGGCGCGCCGGCUCUGCACGCUGCAGUGGUUCUUCAUGUCGCACUUGACCACGUUUGGGUUGCCCGAGAAGGAACUCCGCAACAAGCGGCAGAACGUUCCGCAGCACAACGCCACCAUCAACAGUACGACGUUGGUCAGUCCAUCCAACACAGCCGACGGCCACGACCGCUUGCAGUCGGUCAACGACCGGUUCGCGUCAGCGAUUGAAAAGCCGAACACCGAGGACCGGCACCUCGUCGUGCAAGACAAAGCCCACCACAUCCAUUUGCUCGACGCCGACUUGCACGACGUCAAGACACUCAUGUUCAACAUCAAGAUUCUCAAAAACACCGAUGUGUCCAUCUAUUGA